AGUUUGGGGCUCUUGCUGGAUUUCCCCAGCCGUAUGGAACUUUGUCCUUGUGGCAGUUUUGUGGGCAGAGUUGGGCACCCAGCCAAGGCUACUCCUUGCACUGCAGGGUCUGUGGGAGUAUGUUCUGCUGAUACACCUUUGGAAUUUACUUCGUGAAAAUUGACUGAAGCAGAAAUGCAUCCCGGAGUUGGGAAUUCUUCCAGGCUGCGUGUGAGGGAAUCAUUGGUUUGAUCUUUGUUAGCAGAGUGGCUUGGAUGGCAGCGGGGGGGCGUGUGUGCUAAUUUCCUGCAGGAGAGAGAAUUGUAGCUCCUACUUCACGAAGGCUUUUCCCUGAAGGAGAAUCCUUAUCCCAGGGACCCACAAGGCUGCAGGUCUCCCUGGAGAAUGACUUGUUCAGGCGGUGGAGCCGCUGCUUCUGAGACUUCCUAAUGGGCAAGGUUUUUAUGGCAUUUCCACCAGUUUUUCUUGAGCUAAAUACCAAGAGACUGGAGACUUCCCCCCUUUUCUGGCUCUGUGAUUUCCUUCUCCAGUGAAUAUGGCAAAGAUUUAAAGGGCCAGGACGGAGGCAGCAUGACUUGCAGCUGCAGCUUCCCUGCAUCCACCACCAGCAUCCAGCCAAUAUCUUGAUGCUCAACAUUUCUGCUUUACAAAUAUGAUGAAAUGGCAGCCCCGGAAGAAGGCGUACUUCCGACAGGGUGUUGCCCUUCAGUACCUUGGACGCCAUGCAGACGCGCUGGCAGCAUUUGCAUCUGGGCUGGCUCAGGAUCCCAAGAGUCUGCAGCUUCUUGUUGGGAUGGUGGAAGCUGCCAUGAAAUCUCCCAUGCGAGAGUCACUCGAGCCAACUUAUCAACAACUUCAGAAGAUGAAGCUGGACAAGAGCCCCUUUGUGGUGGUAUCGGUGGUUGGCCAGGAGCUCCUGACUGCAGGCCACCAUGGUGCCUCUGUGGUUGUGUUAGAAGCUGCGCUGAAGAUUGGCACUUGCAGCCUGAAGCUGAGGGGAUCAGUGUUCUCUGCUCUGAGCAGUGCUUACUGGUCUCUUGGGAACACAGAGAAAAGCACAGGAUACAUGCAGCAGGACUUGGAUGUAGCCAAGACAUUAGGUGACCAGACGGGAGAAUGCCGAGCUCAUGGGAAUCUGGGCUCCGCAUUCUUCUCCAAAGGAAAUUACCGGGAGGCCCUUACUAACCACAGACAUCAGCUGGUGCUCGCCAUGAAACUCAAGGACAGAGAGGCAGCUUCCUCAGCUCUGAGCAGCCUGGGCCAUGUGUACACAGCCAUUGGUGAUUACCCCAAUGCACUGGCUAGUCACAAACAGUGUGUCCUCCUUGCGAAGCAAUCCAAAGACGAGCUCUCGGAGGCCCGCGAGCUGGGUAACAUGGGGGCAGUGUACAUUGCUAUGGGGGACUUUGAGAACGCAGUGCAGUGCCAUGAGCAGCACCUGAAGAUUGCCAAGGAGCUGGGGAACAAGCGGGAGGAGGCGCGAGCCUAUAGCAACCUGGGCAGUGCCUACCACUACCGGAGGAACUUCGACAAGGCCAUGUCCUACCACAAUUAUGUGCUGGAGCUGGCCCAGGAGCUGGCCGAGAAAGCCUUUGAAAUGCGGGCCUAUGCUGGCCUGGGCCAUGCUGCCAGGUGUAUGCAAGACCUGGAGAGGGCCAAACAGUACCAUGAAGAACAGCUGGGCAUUGCUGAGAGCCUGCAGGACCGAGCCGCUGAGGGCAGAGCCUCUUCCAAUCUAGGGAUCAUUCACCAGAUGAAAGGCGACUAUGACUCUGCUCUGAAACUCCACAAGACUCACCUGUCCAUCGCCCAGGAGCUGAAUGACUAUGGUGCUCAGGGCAGGGCCUACGGCAACAUGGGCAAUGCGUACAAUGCCCUGGGCAUGUAUGACCACGCAGUGAAAUACCACCGGCAGGAGCUGCAGAUUUCGAUGGAAGUGAAUGAUCGGGCCUCGCAGGCAUCCACCCAUGGGAACUUAGCAGUGGCAUAUCAGGCCUUAGGUGCCCAUGACCGGGCCCUGCAGCACUACCAAAACCACCUCAACAUCGCCCGGGAGCUGCGGGACAUACAGAGCGAGGCCCGGGCCCUCAGCAACCUGGGCAACUUCCAUUGCUCGCGAGGAGAGUAUGCGCAGGCAGCCCCUUACUAUGAGCAAUACCUGCGCCUGUCCCCUGAGCUGCAGGACAUGGAGGGGGAGGGGAAAGUUUGCCACAAUCUUGGCUACGCCCAUUACUGCCUUGGAAACUAUGAGGAGGCUGUAAAGUACUACGAGCAGGAUCUCGCCUUAGCAAAGGAUCUACAUGACAAGCUGAGCCAAGCCAAGGCCUACUGCAACCUGGGUCUGGCGUUCAAGGCCUUAAUGGACUUCAGCAAAGCCGAGGAGUGCCAGAAGUACCUGCUGUCUCUGGCCCAGUCUCUGAACAAUUCCCAAGCCAAAUUCCGGGCUCUUGGGAACCUGGGGGAUAUUUCUGUAUGUAAGAAAGAUGUAAAUGGUGCAAUAAAAUUCUAUGAGCAGCAGCUGAGCUUAGCCCAUCAUGUCAAAGACAGGAGAUUGGAGGCCAGUGCCUAUGCAGCCUUGGGUUCUGCGUACAAGAUGAUACAGAAAUAUGACAAGGCGUUAGGGUACCAUACACAGCAACUGGAGGUUUACCAGGAGCUAGGGGAUAUGCCGGGUGAAUGCAGAGCUCAUGGCCACCUUGCUGCAGUGUAUAUGUGCCUUGGGAAGUACACCAUGGCAUUCAAGUGUUAUGAAGAACAGUUGGAACUUGGACAGAAGCUGAAGGACCCCAGUAUAGAGGCCCAAGUCUAUGGCAACAUGGGCAUCACCAAGAUGAACAUGAAUGUCAUGGAGGAAGCUAUUGGGUACUUUGAGCAGCAAUUGGCCAUGCUACAGCAGCUGAGCGGAAACGAAGCUGUGCUGGACAGAGGCCGGGCAUACGGAAACCUGGGGGAUUGUUACGAGGCUCUAGGAGAUUAUGAAGAAGCCAUAAAGUAUUAUGAACAGUACUUAUCUGUAGCUCAGAGUUUAAAUCGCAUGCAAGACCAGGCGAAGGCCUAUCGGGGCCUGGGAAAUGGGCACAGGGCAAUGGGAAGUUUGCAGCAGGCUCUCGUGUGCUUUGAAAAGAGGCUAGUGGUGGCCCAUGAGCUCGGGGAGGCAUUCAACAAAGCCCAAGCCUAUGGGGAGCUGGGGAGUCUGCACAGCCAAUUAGGAAAUUACGAGCAAGCCAUUUCCUGCCUGGAACGGCAGCUAAACAUCGCCCGAGAAAUGAAAGACCGGUCUCUGGAGAGCGACGCCGCCUGCGGCCUGGGGGGAGUCUAUCAGCUAAUGGGCGAGUACGACACGGCACUGCAGUACCACCAGCUGGACCUGCAGAUUGCAGAAGAGACCAGCAAUCCCACAUGCCAGGGCAGGGCCUAUGGGAACCUGGGAUUAACAUACGAGUCGCUGGGCACCUAUGAGAGGGCAGUGGUUUAUCAGGAGCAACAUCUCAGCAUUGCAGCUCAAAUGAACGACUUGGUGGCCAAAACCGUGUCCUACAGCAGUCUUGGGAGGACACACCAUGCCUUGCAGAACUACUCUCAGGCUGUGAUGUACUUGCAGGAAGGACUGAGACUGGCAGAACAGCUGGGGCGUAGAGAAGAUGAAGCCAAAAUCCGCCAUGGCCUGGGCCUCUCCCUCUGGGCUAGUGGGAACCUGGAGGAGGCCCAGCACCAGCUCUAUAGGGCAUCAGCACUGUUUGAAACCAUCCGCCACGAGGUGCAGCUGAGCACAGACUACAAGCUAUCGCUCUUUGACCUGCAGACAUCAUCCUACCAGGCCCUGCAGCAAGUGCUCGUCAGCCUUGGCCAUCAUGACGAAGCCCUGGCUGUGGCAGAAAGGGGGCGAACGAGAGCAUUCGCUGACUUGCUGGUGGAACGUCAGACUGGACAGCAGGACUCUGACCCCUAUUCCCCCGUCACCAUUGACCAGGUUCUGGAAACUGUGAAUGGCCAGAGGGGACUUGUUCUCUACUAUUCGCUGGCUGCCGGCUAUCUGUACAGCUGGUUGCUUGCUCCUGGGGCAGGAAUUCUGAAGUUUCAUGAAUACUGUCUGGGUGACAGCAUGGCAGAGAAUGCCGGGGACAUUCAUGAAGCAAGCAGCGUGGGCUUCCAAACGGUUACUAAUUCAGCACUGGAGCUCUACAUCUCAAGUGUACGAGAGGCACUGGGCGUGGACUCCUACUAUACCCGAGCCUGUGCCAGCAGCGAGACAGAGAGUGAAGCUGGGGACAUCAUGGACCAGCAGUUUGAGGAGAUGAACAAUAAGCUGAACUCAGUAACUGAUCCAACCGGCUUCCUGCGAAUGGUCAGCAGGAAUAACCUUUUCAACAGGAGCUGUCAGAGCAUGACUAGUCUGUUCAGCAGCACCAUGGGCCCUGCUAAGGAUGGAACAUCCUCUCUUCCCAGGAGGCAGAGCACCUUCUCCAAAUCCCCACUACGUGCGCUCUACGACCUGUUGAUAGGGCCCAUGGAAGGGGGUCUGAUGCAUUCCAGUGGUCCAGUCGGCCGCCAUCGCCAGCUGAUACUAGUUCUAGAGGGAGAACUGUACCUUAUCCCCUUUGCACUCCUGAAAGGAAGUUCCUCAAAUGAGUACCUCUACGAGCGCUUCAGCCUCAUUGCAGUACCAUCCAUCCAGUCACUGAACCCCAACUCCAAGUCCCUUUUGAAGAAGAAUGCUUCUGCUUAUUCCAGUUCUACCUCAAUGGCAGCUGUCAUAGGAAAUCCCAAACUCCCUGCAGCAGUGAUGGACAGAUGGCUUUGGGGGCCUAUGCCCUCUGCAGAAGAGGAGGCCUAUAUGGUAUCUGAAUUACUUGGCUGCCAGCCUCUGGUUGGCAGCGUGGCAACGAAAGAGAGAGUCAUGAGCGCACUCACUCAGGCAGAGUGUGUCCAUUUUGCAACCCAUGUUUCCUGGAAGCUGGCUGCCUUGGUCCUAACACCCAAUGCUGAUAGCAACCCAGCCAAUAGCAAGAGCUCCUUUGGGAAUCCCUACACAAUUCCAGAAUCCCUCCGGAUGCAAGAUGAUGCCAGUGAUGUGGAGAGUAUCUCAGACUGCCCUCCUCUCCAGGAGUUCCUGCUCACAGCAGCUGACGUUCUGGAUCUGCGGCUUCCUGUCAAAUUAGUGUUUCUUGGCUCCUACCAAGAGUCCAACAGCAAAGUCACUGCUGAUGGGGUCGUUGGGUUGACACGGGCAUUCCUGGCUGCUGGGGCUCAGUGUGUCCUGGUGUCACUCUGGCCUGUUCCUGUUGCCGCUUCCAAAAUGUUUGUGCACGCCUUCUAUGCCUCCCUCCUUAAUGGAAUGAAAGCCAGCGCAGCCCUCGGAGAGGCCAUGAAAACAGUGCAGAGCAGCAAGCAGUUCUCCUAUCCAUCCAACUGGGCAGGCUUCAUGCUCAUUGGGAGUGAUGUGAAGUUGAACAGCCCUUCCUCGCUAAUUGGACAGGCCCUGACAGAGAUUCUGCAGCACCCGGAGAGAGCACGAGAUGCCUUGAGAGUCUUGUUACAUUUGGUGGAGAAGUCGCUGCAGCGAAUCCAGAACGGGCAGCACAAUUCCAUGUACACCUCUCAGCAGAGUGUGGAGAAUAAAGUUGGUGGCAUUCCAGGCUGGCAGGCACUACUGACUGCUGUGGGGUUUCGACUUGACCCUCCUGCGAGUGGUCUUCCAGCUGCAGUGUUUUUCCCAACUUCAGACCCCGGUGAACGGCUACAGCAAUGCAGCACCACCAUCCAGUCCCUCCUAGGUUUGCCUAACCCGGCACUUCAGGCACUUUGCAAACUUAUUACUGCUUCAGAGACUGGAGAACAGCUUAUCAACCGGGCUGUUAAAAAUAUGGUGGGAAUGCUACAUCAGGUCUUGGUUCAACUCCAAGCAGGAGAGAAGGAGCAGGAUUUCUCCUCUGCACCAAUACAGGUCUCCAUCAGUGUCCAGCUCUGGAGGCUUCCUGGAUGCCACGAGUUUCUGGCAGCCUUAGGUUUUGACCUUUGUGAAGUUGGGCAGGAGGAGGUGAUACUGAAAACUGGGAAACAAGCUAAUAGGAGGACCAUGCACUUUGCUCUCCAGUCCCUGCUGGCACUUUUUGAUUCUGCAGAGUUACCCAAACGUCUUAGCCUGGACAGUUCCUCAUCACUGGAAUCACUGGCUUCUGCUCAGUCCAUUUCCAACCCAAUGCCUUUGGGCUAUCAGAACCCUCCCUUCUCUCCUACUUGUCCAGACAGUAUUGCAUCAGACGCCAUUUCUGUGUACAGCCUGAGCUCUAUCGCUUCUUCAAUGAGUUUUGUUUCCAAGCCAGAUAGCACAUCAGAAGGUGCAGGGCACAGGGGGCGACAGGACUAUGAAAGGCCUAAGAAUGUCUAUCUGCAAAGGUCUUCUGUGGCACGGAGCCAACUGUCUCCACAGACCACUGCUGCAGCCAGCAAAGACAAUGAGGAGUAUGAAGGAUUUUCUAUAAUCAGCAGUGAGCCUAUGGCAACUUAUCAAGAAAAUAUAAAAACAAGAUUUUCCCCUGAUCACAAACAAUCCAAAACUGGUCAAUCUGGAGGGAUUAAAGUUUCUGUCAGUUCCAAAGGGAGCAUAAGUACCCCAAAUUCCCCUGUUAAAAUGACUCUUAUUCCCAGUCCGAACUCACCUUUCCAAAAAGUUGGAAAACUUGCAAGUUCUGAUACUGGAGAAUCUGACCAAUCUAGCACUGAAACUGACAGCACUGUCAAAUCCCAAGAGGAGAACAACCCAAAGCUUGAUCCACAAGAGUUGGCUCAGAAAAUUCUGGAGGAGACUCAAAGUCACCUUAUUGCUGUUGAACGUCUUCAAAGAAGCGGCAGUCAGAUGAGCAAGAAGAAGAACUCGGAAGAUGGAGCAGCAGCUGGUACAUCUGUAUUCAGAGCCUCAGAGACCAGCGCAUUCAGUAGGCCGCUGAGCUCUAGUCAGAGGAGUCAUCCUUCACCAGUUACAAUUAAACCAAAGCCUCCAACAAGGAGCUCAUCCCUUCAGAAAGUGGGUUCCGGAUAUAACAGCCCCACAACAUCGGAGAUGUCCAACAAAGACAGCACUUCUCCAAGUUCUGACUCUCAUGGCUCAUUAACUGAACACCCUCACUUUAAACCCAAGUACCCUAGCUCUCCUUACAGUGCCCAUAUUUCUAAAUCUCCCAGAAAUAUCUCCCCAAGCUCAGGGCAUCAGUCGCCUGCGGGAAGCACCCCCUCUCCUGCUCUCUCGUACUCCUCAGCUGGUUCCGCUCGCUCCAGCCCAGCUGAUGCCCCAGAUAUAGACAAAUUAAAAAUGGCUGCCAUCGAUGAAAAGGUGCAGGCCAUCCACAACCUGAAAAUGUUUUGGCAGAGCACUCCCCAACAUUCCACAGGCCCCAUGAAGAUUUUCCGAGGAGCUCCUGGAACAAUGACUGCUAAGAGAGAUGUUCUCAGCUUGCUAAACUUAUCUCCACGGCACAGUAAAGACGAAAGUGCAGACAAGCUGGAACUUAAGGAGUUGUCUAUUCAGCAACAUCUUGCUUCUCCACAAAAGAAUCCUCCAAAUGGACACAGGCGCCCUGAAACUACCAAUGCAGUGACUUCAUCCCAUUCUCCACCUUCCAAUAGCAUUCCAGGAACAGUACGCCCCUUGAGGCUGCCAUCUGGGAAUGGUUAUAAAUUUUUGUCACCAGGGAGAUUUUUCCCUUCCUCCAAAUGUUGAAAUGUCUUUUAUAUCAGUUGAUUUAACUUGCAAUCACAUAAAGGUUCUCACUAUUUACUUCUACCCACUUGCCUUGAUCAAUACAAAACCACAGAAUAUUACCCGAGAAGCCAUGGUCACACCCCAUGAUUAGCAAUGCGGAGUAAUGAGACAAAUUAGCCUGGCACAGUGAAUUGCGAUGUAUGACAAGGGCCUUAUGCAAAUAGGUUUCAGUUCCUCUUGUCAGUACUUCGGCCAGACGCACCUGAUGACAGUUUUGUGUAGCAUACACAGCUAAUUCUGUGCAGCAGCAAAUCCAAUUAAUCUGUAUGUCUGUUCACAAAAUGUUAGCCUUUAAACCACCUACAUGUAUUUCUUAUGCUGAAAGGAUGUUUACAGUUGGAUUUUUAUACACAAUUUAUACAUAUCCCCAGGGAUUGGGGAAGGAGGUGAGACAAGGCAAAUCUUCCAUUUUAUGCCACAAGGAUAAUGCACACAGAGCAGAAGUACAAGCCAUUGCUUUUAUGCUUCCAGGGGCUGCGCAGGGGGAGUAGAUGAUAAUGUAACUAGGUGAAAUUGCUGUUAGCCAAAUGCAAGCAUAUUUGAGAAAAUGCUAGCAAUGUACAACUCCUUUGCAACAUUGUAUUGGUGGUUACAACACAUCAUUCUGGUGCUGUGCUGGUGACAUGCCGAUAAAGUAGAAAGGGAUGUUCCAUUCUUAAUUCCACUGUCAGUUAACUUUUUCUGAAGAAAUGCCUUUUAGGCUGAAAUUUCCAUAGAUUGGUCUGACCCCAAAAGAACAUUUUGGUAAGUAAUGAACAAAAUCCCAUAUUUGAGUAGCGUGAGAGUGAGAGAUGCAAGUUCUGGUUUUACAAAGUGGUACUUUUGUUCCACAUAAUUUUACAAGGGUAAGUUUUUCAUAUCGGCAGGUAGCUAGUCAGCACAGAACUUUUCUGUUUAACUCUGAAAAUGAGAGGCAGAUGUACAGUGAAUGUGAGAGAGGGUUACACAGUGUGCAGCUCCUCAGCAUGCAGAAAUCGGAUAUUGACAUGUGAUCUAGUGAUCACAUGUUCAAGGAGCUCUCUCCAUUCCUGCUAGAUCUUCCCAAGCCUCUUCCCAUAGAGAAUCCCACAAUCUCUUUCUCUGUUAUCUUGCUUCCAGGGCCAAUAUAGACAAAUUAAAUAGGUCUGUGUCUUUGUGCAAACAGACCGCACAUGGGCUGGAAAGUGCAAACUGACUGCACGUUAAAAUCUAUGCACCUGCGUCUGUUAACGCCUUCUGCCUGGGCCAAGUAGGAAAGCCAGGAGCACUCCUGUAGCUAGGAGGGGAGGACAGGCUGGACAACAGCCAUCACACAGUGAGGUGGAGCUAAGGCAGUUGGGAAUCAGGGUGGGGACACUUGUUUUUAAAGAAGGUAGUUAAAUACAAACCACAGAGUUAAUGUAACAAAGACUGAAUUUACAUGCUCUGAAACCAGGACAUACAUAGCAAUAUGAACUCAGCCACACUGCACAUCUAGCUCAAAGCAAAGUAUUACACAGGCAAUGUGCUGUGAGAGUCUUAGAGCAAGGAACAAAGUGAAGGCACCUGGCUUCUGCAAAAGACUCUUCCCCAAUUCACUGUGAGACUUUGAACUAGUCACUUCACCCCUCUGUGCCUGAGCACCCCCAUCUGUCAAAUGGGAGUAGUAAUACUUACCUACCUACCUCACAGGGGUGUUGUGAGGCUUAAUUAAUUGGGCCUCGAUUUUUAGUUAGACUUCAGCUCAGCUCCUGGUGUUGUGCUCUGUAGUAGAGGCCUAUCUACAUGGCUUGUGGGUGCAAUCAACUGGCUAGGCUUCUAGCUGGGCAUAGCUGUAGUUGCAUAAAAUUGUGUCACCUGGCCCCUUUUUGAAGCUCUAGGUCUUAACAUUUGUGAUGAUCUUUGAAAUCCUGGAUGAAAGGUGCUACAGCAGAACAAAGUAUUAAAUUCUCCCAAUUUAAUGUUACAUGGCUGUAAUAUAAAAUACUGGCCCUGAUUAGCAUUUAAAAACCCUAUGGUUUGGAGAGGAAUGUUUCACAACUGCACAAGAAACUAAAUGCAAGCACUACAGAUACAUGUGUCAGGGGAUGUGCAUGCAGACAGUUAAUAGAGAGAGGGAUGAUCAUGAAACCUUCAGUGCAAAAGACCAGGAAGAGCUUAAUGCUUCACUUACACAUAUUAGAAAAUGUGGCAAAAUGGUAAGCUAAAUCUAAUACUAUUCUUACUAGAUGCAAAUUAUUUGGCUGUUGCAUUACAGCUUCGUAUGUGGGUGAUUGUAAUAUGCUUUAUUGGCCCAACUUCUGUUGGUGAGAGAGAGAGAAGCUUUUUAGCUAAAAAGAGUUCUUCCUCUAGUCUGGGACAGCUACGAAAACCAGGUCUACACUACAGACCUAUAUUGGUAUAACCACCUCACACAGGAGUGUGAAAAAUCCACACUCGAGAGACAUAGUUAUACCAAACUAACCUUCCACCUCGUCAUAGACAGUACUACGUCGAUGGGAGAGCUUCUCCCAUUGACAGAGCUACUACCUCUCGGAGGUGGAUUAAUUAUGCAGAGGCGUCUCCUGUCAGCGUAGGAGCAUCUUCGCUUAAGUGCUACAGAGGCACAGUUGCAGUGUUUUUAAGUGCAGACCUAAGAGUAUGACAGCUAAAUACAAGAUUGACUAGACAGUUUAGCAUAAGUAAUGAGCACAUAUUUUAAGGUAUUGUUCAUGGUGAAGUGGCCCAUGAACAACCCUUCCAUCGUAGCACAAAAAGAGAGGUUAGUGGGUUACAGAUGGUUGUAAUAAGCCAUAAAUCCAAUGUCUCUGAUGCGUCCAG